AUGGUUCAAGAUGAUUCACCAGUGCCUAAUAGUUUGGAUCUCACCAAUCCAGGGUUAUAUUUCACUCAUCCGCUAACCAUGCCCUCUUCCUCAUUUCCAUGCUCUCCAUUGCCUCCGCCACUCCCACUGUCGACCCUGAUUGCCGUUAAGCCCCCCACCACUGUCCCUCCUGUCACAGUCCCUAAACUGCCUCUCCCCCCAGUUACGGUGCCUAAAUUGCCUGUGCCACCAGUCACAGUCCCUAAAUUGCCCGUCCCACCAGUAACCGUGCCUAAGUUGCCCGUCCCACCAGUAACAGUGCCUAAAUUGCCCGUGCCACCGGUAACGGUGCCUAAAUUGCCUGUCCCACCAGUAGUAGUAGACCCUAAAUUGCCUGUGCCGCCAGUGACUGUGCCUAAACUGCCAGUGCCACCAGUAACAGUGCCUAAGCUGCCAGUGCCACCAGUAACAGUGCCUAAGCUGCCAGUGCCACCAGUAACAGUGCCUAAGCUGCCGGUGCCACCAGUUACGGUCCCUAAAUUGCCGGUGCCACCAGUAACGGUUCCUAAGUUGCCUGUGCCACCAGUUACAGUGCCUAAUUUGCCUUUGCCACCGGUGACUGUCCCUCCAGUGCUUAACCCACCCAAGGGAAAAGCCUGCCCACCGCCGCCGGGUAAAGAAACCUGCCCCAUUGACACACUCAAGCUUGGUGCAUGUGUGGAUCUUCUUGGUGGGCUAGUGCACAUUGGGUUGGGAGACCCUGCUGUUAAUAAGUGCUGCCCAGUAAUUUCAGGGCUUGCGGAGGUUGAAGCUGCAGUUUGCUUGUGCACUACUCUUAAGAUCAAAGCUCUCAAUCUCAAAAUCUAUGUGCCUAUUGCUCUUCAGCUCCUUGUGACCUGUGGGAAAACCCCACCUCCUGGCUUCACAUGCUCUCUCUAGACUCCAGUUUGUAGCUAGAUUAAUGUUUCAAGAACUCAAAAGUGGGCAUGAGAGGAUGUCGAGUUCUCAGUUCCGUUUCAUGAUUAAUCAGCUUGUCGUUAAUUUCUCACCUUUAAUUGCUUUCUUCAUUGGAUUAGUGGACGUUUGCCAUUGUAAUUCAACACCAUUUGAUUGUGUAAAUUUGUUUUUAUAGUCUUGCGUUAAUUACUGUUUGUUUCAGACGGCGACGCAAUCAGAAUUUGAUGUUUAUUUUCUUAGUUA